AUGGGAGGCAGCGGCUACAAGUUUGAAGAUUCCGAUAAGAAAUCGUCGCAUACCGGCUCCCAUAUGAUAGGUUUCAGAGCCACCAUCACUUGGGUUUUCCUCAUAGUGUCAAUGCUUUAUGUUCUUUAUUCUUCCAACCACCUCCUGAACUCUCAAGAUUGUGCUACCCCUGUAAAUAUUAAAAAUCAUCUUCAGAUCGUCACAAAUGUCACUGGCAGUAAUGAUGUUAGUAAACUUGAGGUACAAGGCAAACAAGGACUAGGGCAAGGAGCCAAAGAAGUAGUACCUUCACGUCCACAACAAUUUUCUAGAUUUGAUACAGAAUUGAAACACAUUGUGUUUGGGAUUGCAGCCUCGUCAAAUUUGUGGGAAAAGAGGAAGGAAUACAUAAAACUGUGGUGGAAGAAGGAGAUGAGAGGGGUGGUAUGGUUGGACAAAAAGGUGAGGAUGCGGGGAAAUGAGGUGUUACCUGAGAUUCGAAUCUCUGGGGACACCAGAGGAUUCAAGUACACAAAUCGGCAAGGGCAGAGAUCAGCAUUGAGGAUUUCGAGGGUGGUUUCAGAAACAUUGAGGCUUGGAAUGAAGGAUGUGAGAUGGUUUGUGAUGGGGGAUGAUGACACAGUUUUCGUGGUGGAAAAUGUGUUGAGGAUUCUUUCAAAAUAUGAUCAUAACCAGUUUUAUUAUAUAGGACACCCAUCAGAGAGUCACAUUCAGAACAUAUUUUUCUCGUAUACUAUGGCCUUUGGGGGAGGUGGAUUCGCCAUAAGUUAUCCAUUGGCAGUGGAACUAGAGAAGAUGCAGGACCGGUGCAUCCAACGAUAUCCGGCAUUAUAUGGCAGUGAUGAUAGAAUGCAGGCUUGUAUGGCGGAGCUAGGAGUCCCUCUUACCAAGGAAGCUGGAUUUCAUCAGUAUGAUGUGUAUGGAAACCUAGUAGGCCUUCUGAGUGCCCAUCCUGUGGCUCCAUUGGUGACUCUUCACCACCUUGAUGUAGUUGAGCCGGUAUUCCCACGCAUGAGCCGUGUUAAAGCACUUCAACAUCUAUUCCAGUCUGUAGAGUUCGACUCGGCUAGUAUCAUGCAACAAUCAAUCUGCUAUGACAAAGAUCAUUUAUGGUCCAUCUCCAUUUCAUGGGGCUAUGUAGUUCAAGUCAUCAGGGGAGUAAUGUCUCCAAGAGAACUAGAGACACCCUCAAGAACCUUUCUUAAUUGGUACAGAAAAGGUGAUUUCACAUCAUAUUCAUUUAACACUAGGCCUGUGUACAGAGACCCUUGUCAGAAACCCUUCCUUUUCUAUUUGACCACGAAUCGCCUUCAUCGAGACAAAAAUAAAGUAUUUGGUUUCUAUAAGCUAGAGAGAUCUCCAUCUCCUCAUUGCCGUUGGAAAAUGGCCUCCCCAGACACAAUUGAUACCAUCAUUGUCUUGAAAAGGCCAGAUCCUAUUCGUUGGGAAAAGUCACCAAGGAGAGACUGCUGUAGAAUUCUUCCAUCAAAAAAGAAUUCGACGAUGUUUCUAUGGGUUGACAAUUGUCGAGAAGGUGAGAUGAGUGAGUUGUAG